AUGGCCCUGCUGCUUCCUUCUCAUCCACAAGUCUCAGUGUCGCUGCUUCUGCUGCUGUCCGUGCUCAGCUUGGCUGCAGGUGGGAAGCUGCUGGUGGUGCCUGUAGGUGGGAGCCAUUGGCUCAGCAUGCGGGAAGUGUUAGUUGAACUCAGGCAGAAAGGACAUGAAAUAGUCAUCGUUUCACCUGAAUUCAAUCUCCAUGUAAAGCCAUCAGACAAUUUUACAAUGAAGCUGUACCAAGUCCCCGUCUCAGAGGAAGAGACAAAUGGAGUUUUACAAGCAUUUUUAAAGCAGGCUUUUGAAGAAGGAUCAUUCCUGGAAAGAUUUCAUGCAGUACGAGAAAGAUUGAGAACACUCUUUGAUUUAGGCGUCAUAGCCUGUGAACAGUUACUGAACAACAAGGAGCUCAUCAGAUAUCUCGAGCAGAGUAACUUUGAUGCUCUCUUUACAGACCCUGUACUGCCCUGUGGAGCGAUAGUGGCCGAGCACCUUUCCCUCCCUUCUGUGUAUUUGCUAAGGGGAAUACCAUGUGGAUUAGAUUUUGAGGCCACUCAGUGUCCCAAUCCCCCUUCUUAUGUCCCCAGGCUAUUUUCAGACCAUACAGAUCACAUGAACUUCCUCCAGCGUGUGAAGAAUGUCAUCUUUGACACCUCCAAUCUCUUUCUUUGUGACUUUCUUUAUAAACCAUAUGAAAAACUGGCUUCUGAGUUCCUUCAGCGAGAUGUGACCAUGCUAGAUCUCUAUCGUAAGGCUUCUGUAUGGCUUCUGAGGUAUGACUUUGUGCUAGAAUAUCCAAGACCAUUGAUGCCCAACAUGAUUGUGGUUGGAGGAGUGAACUGCGCUCACAAGCAGCUCUCUCAGGUGGGUUGUGCUCUGGUUUUAAUUCUUAUUCUGAUAGACUUCCGUGCUCCUAAAACUGUGAUGUUUUAUAACGUAGAUAUUUAGUUCCCAAUGGAAGUGACCUGUGCAAGCAUUAGUGAAAACAAUGGUAUUUCUGUCAUUUCUUCCUCACUUUCCGCUUUUUUUUCCUGUAUAGACAAGUUCACCUUUUCAUUUAC